AUGGAACCCCCAGCCUAGCCUACCAUCUCGUUCUCCCUCGCACUGUCCUCUUCUCCCCUCUGCAUUUUCUGCCCGUGCUGUUCCAAGUGUAUUUUAUGCUCUUCUGGAUCGAAUUACCCCUCGAGACAGUUGAGAUCACCGAUGGGUGCUUAAUUGGGUUUUCUAGAGUUUGGAGUCUAUGCCGAAACUGGGUUCCGUUUCCGUAAGCUGAGUUGAGGGUACAAUCGGGUUUUCUGACUUGGCUUCCUCUGUGAUCUAGUGAGUAAAAUGAUUCUUAACAAGCAAUACCGUUGCGUACACUCAGCUAGCUGUCAAUGCACUAAGGGGCAUUUAAGUGAAGAUGUGAUAUUCUUGGUAUUUCAACGACUAAAUUGGAAUCCCAAGUUAAUUGCUGCUCUGUCAUGUGUAUGCAAGUGGUUUGAUGAUCUUGCUAAGAGAUUACUAUGGAAGGAGUUUUGCCGAACCAGAGCACCAAAAAUGAUGCUUGAUCUACAAUCUAGUGGGAGCCACAGUGUUGAUGGAAACUGGAGGGCUCUAGGGAAGCUGCUAAUUUACUGUUCCGGAUGCAACAAGGGUGGUUUGUUCAAUAACAUUCAUAUCCCUGGCCACUUUGUUUAUCGGACUCGAUUUUCUAGAACAUCAGGCAAGAGCUUUCUUUUGCCGCAAUGCAGAACUGAUGUUUUAUAUGUGUCUGAUCCUUGUGAGCAUCUUGACCAAGGUGAUAUAGGAUUCUUCCGUGGAAUUUUUAAGUCAUUCUCUACAUCAAAGGUCAGGAAGAUGCUUAUAAAAAAAGGUGCAAAGCUCCAUCCCACAGAAGUUUGCCCUUAUUGUAAGGCAAAGUUGUGGAGCAUGCUGCAAGCCAAAAUGAUUCCCCAAAGUGCUAGCUGCAGGGUGGAUGCCGAUGAAGAUGGCAUUGAGUAUUAUGUGUGCCUUAAUGGACAUGUGCGUGGCAUCUGCACCCUCUUGCCAUUGUCUGAUUCAGAAGAGGUAUCUGAGUUGGAGUAAUAUCUGAAUGAUCCUCAGAUUCGCUACCAGUCCUUCCAUGAAGUAUGGUUAAACACACUGCCAGUGUGCCCACGAGUAAAUUUGUGUUUCAGCAGCCAGCUGAGAUCUGCAGUUAUGAUUUCAUGCAUCGAAAACUGAUACUACUGCUGCUGUCUUAAACAACGCCAGUAUUUCAUGUGAAGAACUGGGGAUGCUACCAACACUUUUUGUAUGAAUCAUGAAUUGAAGAUCAUUAGUUGUUACUGCAAACGAUGUAAUAUCUUGUAGAUGGGAUAUGUGGAAUUGUGGAUACCUCUGUACCUGGAUGACAGAUCGGCUUGUGCUAUAACGCUUUUGUUCAGUACCAAUCACGGUUCACUUACAUGUAGUUCUGCUCUUUUCCGCAUAUUAUUAGUUCUAACAAUAAUUCUAGAAUCACAGACGGUCAUUUA